AUGGAUCCCGAAAAGAAGGAUGAAUUAGCCCAGACGGCCAGUGUGUCGGAAGGCAAGACCGCCCCUCAUUACGGACCAGAGCCCUGUAGUCCCAACGACAUUGUCAUCCAGAAUGCUAUCGAAACAAUUGGCAUGGGCCGCUACCAGUGGCAGCUGCUGGCUUCAUGUGGGUUCGGUUUCAUUGCUGAUCAGAUGUUACUCGUCUCCAUCAGCCUAGUCAUGCCACAGGCAUCCAAGGAGUUCUCGCCACAGUAUGCCACUCUGCUACCCGCAACUCAGUACGCAGCGCUGGGGGUGGGAGCCGUAGCGUUUGGGUUUUUGGCGGAUAUUUGCGGCCGACGGUGGGCGUGGCAGGGGUCGAUAUUUGGGGUUUCAAUUUUUACGGCUGUGUGUGCUGGAUCACCGAAUUGGGCGGGCCUAAAUGUGUUCAUUGCGCUGGCGGCGUUCUUUGGUGGGGGGAAUUUGGCAAUUGAUCUGACCGUUCUGGCGGAAUGCUUGCCUCGCAAGUGGGGGUUUCUACUGAGCGGUCUUGCCUGUUUGUGGGGACUGGGGAACGCUGUCACUGGGUUGAUUGCCUGGCCACUCGUGGUCAACUUCUGCUGUCCGCAAGGCGCAACCUCAGCGACAUGCACCAAAGCCGACAACAUGGGAUGGAGAUACCUGUACAUCAUUAUUGGCUGUCUCUGUCUGAUCAUGUCCAUCGUGCGGUCCUUCGCGUUGGGGAUGACUGAGUCUCCGAAGUGGCUCAUCUCCCAAGGUAACAUGGACGAGGCCGUCGCAUCCGUCAACUUCAUCAGUCGACUCAACAAGUCUUCCUUCGUUUUGUCAGUUGAUGAGCUGAAUCCCUGCGAGCGCGAGAACCCAUACGACAUGCAACGAAUCCUCCGCUUGCUCCGGGGCUUGUUCUCCGGAUCGAGACAACUCCGCUCUAUGAUCUGUCUGAUCUUGCUCUGGGUUCUUGUUGGAGUUGCAUACCCCGUCUACGUCAUCUUCCUCCCCUACUACCUCGAAGGCCACGGCGCCAAACUCGGCACCGGAAGCACAUACCAGACCUACCGCGACUGGUCCGUCUCCUCAACGGUGGGUAUCGCAGGUCCCCUUCUUAGUGCAUAUCUCGUGCAAACGCGCCUCCUCGGUCGCCGUCGCUCUAUCACCGUCACGGCGUGGAUCUGUGCUAUCUUCGCGGGCGUGUUUACCAUUGUCAAGAACGAGGCGCAGAAUUUGGCGUUCUCUAGCUUGAUUAACUUUUGGUUGAAUGCUAUGUAUGGGGUGAUUUAUGGAUAUACCCCCGAAGUCAUGCCCGACGCAUAUAGGGCUAUUGGUUGCGGACUCACGCUGGCCUGUGCUCGUUUGGCGUCGUUGACGUCGCCGUUCAUUACAACCUGGGGAGAUGUCUAUUCGUCGGUUCCGAUCUUCGUGUGUUGUGGGUUGUUUGUCGCUAUUGGGUUUGUGUCACUCGUGUUGCCAUUCGAGCCGUACUUCGGUUGA